UAUAGAAAAUGUAAAGGGUCCCAGUUAAAUAAGUGCAGUUUCAGCAUUGUUGAAUUGUUAACUGCAUCGAAGCUCCAAAUCAAAAGGACAACGAAGUGUGUCAACAGUAGUAUAUGACAAAGAUCUUCGGUACACAUUACCUUUAGAGUGUUUAGUAUUAAUAUAUUAACUCGCAUGUAUUCGGUUUUGUUGAACGAGUAAACACACUGACGUGGCAAAGCUGGAACUAGGUAUGCAGUGUAGUAGUUAGUGAAACAAUUAUGAUCAACCAUAAAACACAUUUUUCACACCCUUCUAAAAAAAGAAAAGCUUCCCUAUUAGAUGCAAUGUUUUAUUUAAUCCAUUGUGUCCCAUUCUUAACUGUGUGUUAACGCCUUCUAUUUUCUCCCUUUACAUAGCCUCUUAGUUUUUUCCUGGAUUCUAUAAUAAUUUCUGCCGGUUAUUUCAGUUACAUUUCUUUAUAAUAUUUCGCAACACUAUUUCCCUUUUUAAUACUGUACAGCUUAUUUUUUUUUACACAAUCUUCACUGUAAAACACGCUAUAUAUGAUUUGACUUGAUUUACGUCCAGCAUCUCAUCCGAGGAAAAGGUUGGUGACGUCGCCGACAGCAGGAGCCGGAUAUCCGCCACGACCGGAAAAAAAUCCCAUAUUUGGGCAUUCUUAGCAGGAGCAAUGGCAGCUUACAUUGUACGCGAACGGCUAGCUCGACGCUGAUUGUGUAGCGCAAAUGAUCGCUUUUUAGACAUUUUCGGUCCAUGUUCAAGACGGGUGAGCGGCGGAUUGGAGCGCGUUUAUUUUUUUGAAAAUGUCAAAAACCGGGUGCUAGCGACCGCUCCGUCAAACCGUCACCGAAGCGAAACCGCUUAGCACGGCGUUAGCAUCUUUGAUACCGUUCGCGUUUUUUCCUCGCCAUUCGCAACUCUCCCUCCCCCCCUCCCGACUCUCACCCGGUAUCGGCCGCCCUCCAUGCCCGAGCAAGGCCCGAGGAUGAACAGCUUCUCCCUCGGCGAGUUGUGUUGGCUCUUCUGCUGCCCGCCGUGUCCGAGUCGCAUCGCGGCUAAGUUGGCGUUCCUGCCGCCCGAGCCCACCUACUCCGUUCACACGGACGCGAGCGGCGCGACGAGCCUGCACCUGACCGAGCGCGCCGACUGGCAGUACUCGCAACGCGAGCUGGACGCCGUCGAGGUGCUGGUGACCCGCACCAGCCGCGGGAACCGGGUCGGCUGCAUGUUCGUCCGCUGCGCGCCCGCCAGCCGCUACACGCUGCUGUUCUCCCACGGGAACGCCGUGGACCUGGGCCAGAUGUGCAGCUUCUACAUCGGCCUCGGCUCCAGGAUCAACUGCAACGUGUUCUCCUACGAUUACUCGGGGUACGGGGUCAGCACCGGGAAACCGUCCGAGAAGAACCUGUACGCCGAUAUCGAAGCGGCCUGGCAGGUGCUGAGGAACAAGUAUGGAGUGACUCCGGAAAACAUCAUCCUGUACGGUCAGAGCAUAGGGACUGUGCCGACGGUGGACCUGGCGUCUCGGUACGAGUGUGCAGCAGUGAUCCUCCACUCUCCCCUCAUGUCCGGCUUGCGUGUGGCCUUUCCUGACACCCGCAAAACCUACUGCUUCGAUGCCUUCCCGAGUAAGGAUGCAUUAAAUUGAACAGAAGUGACAAUGAAGACAUUUUGGACAUCUCUUUAAAGGAUCAAUUUAAUGUAAUUAACUACAUUAGUUAGCAUGAGCAUACUACCAUACUAGUUAAUUUUUUAAAGGUACUAAUACAUUAUUAAAAUGUUGCAUCUUUUCAAAUUGUUAAAUGGACUUGAGCUAACAUGAAUUAUCAAUGAAGUUAUAUUUUUAUUAU